UGUGUGUGUGUGUGUUUUCACCUGCUGACUGAGGUGUGUGUGUGUGUGUGUGUGUGUGUGUGUUUUCAGGGCGCUGUUUACUUAUGAGGGGAACAGUAACAAUAUUCGUCUGGCAGAUAAAGGAGACGGAGGGCUGGAGGAGAUGGUGGAGGAGCUGAACAGCGGGAAGGUGAUGUACGCUUUCUGUCGAGUCCAGGACCCAAACUCUGGACUGCCCAAAUACGUCCUCAUCAACUGGACAGGUGAAGGGGUUAAAGACUCUCGGAAAGGUAUAUGUGCCAACCACCUGAGCUCGAUGGCCAACUUCCUGAAGGGCGCCCAUGUGACCAUAAACGCCCGCGGAGACGAAGACGUGGAACCGCAGAUCAUCCUGGAGAAAGUGGCCAAAGCGUCCGGAGCCAACUAUAACUUCCACAAACAGACGGAGAGCAGAGACGCUCCCAGAGGACCUGUGGUGAGAGGACACACGGGACUCCUUAAGCUUUUUCUGUGA